AUGUGGGAUCCAACGCACGUCCAAGUCACAGUGCAAAGAGCUCGAAAUUUACUGAUAAAAGGUAAAAACGGUACAAAUAACUGUUUUGUUACUAUCUCCCUCGGCAAAGAAAAAUUCCAAACAUCCGUAAAACACAAAGCUGCGGAAAAUGUUGAGUGGUUUGAGGAAUGUGAAUUACAUAUACCGACACAAGGAAAUACCGCAGAAAUCGUUUUGAAAGUCUGCGAUGAAGACUACCUUAAAGAUCAUUUACUGGGUCAAGUUUCGAUUCCGUUAAAAGACCUAGAUGUGUACGAACGAGCUCGAAACCGCUGGUAUCCCCUACGCGGGAAACAGGGCAAAGAAUCUGAUAAGAAUAGGGGAGAGCUGGAGGUAAAAGUGGCAUUUAUUGUUAAGGAAGGAAGCCUGUCAGAUCUUUCAAAAAAAGAGAAACACAAAUCUUCGUUAAGCAGCCUUGCACAUAAUGUAGGAGGAAGUCUUAUGAGUAUUGGGAGUAUUGAAAAACGUAAAGGCAUUAAAAAAUUUGCCAAGAAUCUUGGUUCUAAAAUAAAUCUUACUAAAAAAGACAAAAAAAAUGAAUCAUCAUCCCUUGGUGGGAGUGUUGGUAAUCUUCGAAGCUCAACCAUUUCUACUCCGGAUGCUUCCACACCCAAAAGACCGCUGGGGGAAGCCGAUCCAGGUGUUAUAAGUGAAGAUGAAGAUGAAUUUGCGUUUGAUGAUCUAUCCCAUAAGAGUUCAGGCAGUUCACUGAAUGUGCAAACAUCUUACAUGCCCCGUAUAGCAAAAUAUACUCCAUCACCAGUAAAUGCAUCGCUGGAAAAUUUAGGUGGAGGUGAAUUUCUCAGAAGAUCUACCAGUAGCACUUUGGCAGUAACAGAAAAGUCUACACCUGUAAAACCAGUGCGUUUAAGCUUGGACACAUUUACAGCUCCACAAUUACCUGUUCAGCACCUCGGUGAUGAUGAGUGGUCCCAGAAAUUGGUGCCACGUAAAUCAAUGAGUCAAUUAGCAAUUGAUAGAGAAAAAUCAUCAAGCCUUGAAAGAAAUAAAAAAUUAGAUAGUCCAAGCUCGUUUAAGGAAAAACCAAGUCCUAAGUUCUUUAAAAAGUUUGGUACUAACAAUAAGCCAAAGAAAUUAUUAGAAGAACGUAUUAUAGUCGGUGAAGAAAAUAUUGUCGAAGAAGAUAUCAAUCCAGCAUAUAGUAACAUUCCUAGAACAGUUUUACAGCAGUGUGAUGGAAUGUCCCGAGAGGAUUUAAUUGUAAUGAUUUAUAACUUACAGAAAGAUGUGGAGUCCGAAAAGAAGAAGAACAAGGAUCUUGAAAAUUAUUUAGAUAAUCUACUGCUACGAGUUAUGGAAACCACACCAAGAAUUUUGCAAAAUCCAUAUGUAAGGAAUAACAGUAUGCACAUUAGAAACAAGUGA